AAUCUCUGUGAUCAUUAACAGUGUAACCAAACCGUGCGGGUCCGCAGGGGGUUAGUCGUGUGAGCGCGGUGACGUGUGUGGUGUACGUGGCGACGGAAACCGUUAUCAGAGCAUCCCCCCCAACUCAACACAAACCAUCUCCACUCCACAACAGCCACAAUCCUAAUGCCACUCCAUGACAGCACAUUAUUUAUAUGAAUGCCCCAACGCACAGACGUAUGGACUGCUUCAUAUGAGACCGUCGAGGACUGUUGACAGACUAGUAGCCUACAGAUCGAAUAGAGUCAAUAGACUACAAAUGUCCCAGCGCUGAACUGACAUCUGGACACGGUGGUGUCAUGGCUAGCGCCAUCCAAGAGCGCGCGGACACCGACAAGGACUCACCGAAAGAGAACAAACCGGAGAAUCACACUCGCUCCCUGAGCUCGCCACCUUCACCGCAGGCAACGUGCACACAGCAGGGAAUGGAUGGAAUAAAAGUAUACACGCAAGAGCGGGAACUGUGGGAUAAAUUCCACGAGGUUGGAACGGAGAUGAUCAUCACUAAGGCGGGAAGGCGGAUGUUCCCCUGCUACAAGGUGAAGGUGACGGGCCUCAACUCUAAAAGCAAGUACAUUCUCCUCAUGGAUAUCGUGCCAGCAGAUGACCACCGCUACAAGUUCGCUGAUAAUAAAUGGUCUGUUUCGGGGAAGGCGGAGCCGGCCAUGCCAGGGAGGUUGUACGUCCACCCUGACUCUCCAGCCACUGGGAGCCACUGGGCACGCCAGCUUGUCUCCUUCCAGAAACUCAAACUCACUAACAACCACCUGGACCCCUUUGGACACAUUAUAUUAAACUCAAUGCAUAAAUACCAACCCCGCCUCCACAUCGUCAAAGCAGAUGAACACAAUGGGUUUGGUUCCAAGAACACAGCCUUCUGCACGCACAUGUUCUCAGAGACCUCAUUCAUCGCCGUGACAUCAUACCAGAACCACAAGAUCACCCAGCUGAAGAUAGAGAACAACCCGUUCGCUAAGGGCUUCAGAGGCAGUGAUGACAUGGAGCUGCACCGCAUGGCUAAGAUACAGGGUAAGGAGUAUCCGGUGGUUCCUCGUAGCUCAGUGCGUCAGAGGGUGUGUCCUAGUGUGUGUCCGUUUGGGGGGGAAGCGAGGGGGUUGGGUUCACACCCCUAUUCCUGUGAGAAUGGGGUGAGCAGCACCACCCAGGAUCUCCUCACCUUCCCUCCAGCCCCCUACACCCUCCCCCAACCAGACCCACACAAACACAUGCAGGUGUACCACUGCAACAAGAGGAAAGCAGAUGAUACCUGUCCUACAACAGAGCAUCACCAGUACAGGAAGUCCUACAUCAACAGUUCUCCCAGCGAUGUUGAGUCUUACUAUCACCUAUCUGCUUACCCUCCUCCUCCUCCUCUUCCUCCCGCUGUCCAUCCCCAUCCCCCUGGUCUCUCUGACUCCCUCUACAGGUCAGAGGCGGGGCAGCGGCAGGCGUGUAUGUUUGCUGGAUCUGAGCCCAGACUGGAUGACCUCAGCUGUACAUCCUGGUCCUACAGCUGCCCUUUGACUCCUGCUAUGACCCCCAUGACCCCUACUGACCCCUACAUGACCUUCCCCCACCAGCCCUACUCCUGCAGUCCCCGGGGCUCUCAGCUGAGCUCAGUAGCCCACCAAUGCUCUCCUCCUCUGGAGGACUCUCUCUCCCAGUGCCCCUACCAGACCCAGAACUCCAGACUACCCCAGACACCCCAACACACCAGCCCACCCCUCAGAGAGUACCACUGCUACCCCACCUCCCUGUCUCCUACCCAAUACCACACCCUACAUACACAGACCAGGGGAGGGGUCCCAGAGUGGAGCGAGCCCACCUGAUUGAACCACAGGUGUAGGGGAAAGACAGACUGGUGGCUGGGGGUUCUAUUUAUGUGAGGUGUUUAUGUGAGGUGUGUCGUUUGAUGUGUGAAGAGAUUUAAUUUGCCAAUUGUGUCUUUCCCUGUGCUGUGGAUUGAGCCUUGGAUCGUCUUUGUGUUACAUUUAAUACCACCCCCCCUCUGUCUGGGACCACUCUGGAAGGAACUGAUGUUAGCGGAACCAGGUGGAUAAGCACUCUAACUGGAGGGACAGGAAGGAAGAUGACACCAUCAACUACAACAUUCCGAACUUCAUCCCUGAGACUUUUUAAAAUAAUGUUACCUGUCUGUCCCCUGAAGAAGUGUGACAGUAUCUCUGUGGCUGUGGUUUCCAGUUGGUUUGUGUGUGUGUGUGUGUGUGUGUGUGUGUGUGUGUGUGUGUGUGUGUGUGUGUGUGUGUGUGUUUGUGUCAGCUCAGCUCAGCUCAGGGCUGCUGUGAGUUAAUGUCGGCUGAGAGGCCGGCUGAGUGGCCACAGGCAGAGCAGAAGAGAGAUAAACAGUUAGUUUAGAUCAGGCUGCAGGGAGUAAGACGUGACACACACACACACACACAGGGCCAUACACAGAUCUUUGGUGGGGCAGGUUCUCAAAGUGAAAUAAACCCCCCAAAAUAAUAAUAUAUAUAACUUAAAUCCAUUCAUUGUUUUCUACUGCUCUUGUAGCCAAAUUCUAAUGUAUUAAUGUUUUUUUACAUAGGCCUUAAUUCUCUGCAAUAACACUCAUUCAUCACACAUUGUAGGGCAUUAAAGCUAGAACCACAAAUGACAGCUAUAUCAGCUGAUCAUCUAGAAUGUAGGUAAUGAAUCAGCUAGUUAGCAUGGUUAUGCUGUCAAAACAAGCUAACUAGUGUUUAUCUGAUUUAAAUUUGUUCUGCUAUUGACAAACAGUCAAACUGUGGGGGCCUCCCGGGUGGCGCAGUGGUUAAGGGCCACCAGAGACUCUGGGUUCGCGCCCAGGCUCUGUCGUAACCGACCGCGACCGGGAGGUCUGU